CUUAGAAUGAAAUGAACAUGUCAUGAAUUAAAAUAAAAAAUACGAAUCUUCUCUCAGAUAUUAAGUAUCUAAAUAUCAAGUAAUACUAUGCUAUCAAGUGCUAGAGCUGCUCGCAUCGCGCGUGAAGUGAAGAAUUUUGAAAUGAAGCCACCUUGGGGGAUUAGUUGUUUUCCGUUAAAAGACGAUCAGUAUGACAACCUGUCCGUUAUUCUUCUUGGACCAAAGGGAUCUCCUUAUGAGAAAGGAACGUUCAAAUUAACUGUGUCUAUCCCGGAAAGAUAUCCGUUCGAGCCUCCUUUAGUUAAAUUUAUAACACCAGUUUAUCAUCCUAAUAUUGAUAAUGGAGGAAGAAUAUGUAUGGACCUGUUAAAAAUGCCACCAAAAGGUACUUGGUUACCGACGAUCACAUUGGAAACAUUACUUGUUUCAUUGCAAUCACUCCUCGCGAACCCAAACCCUGAUGACCCACUGAUGAUGGAUAUCGCUUAUGAGUAUAAAUACAACAUGGAUACUUUUAUUCAGAAUGCCAAACAACAAACUGAGAAAUAUGCUGUGUGAUAUCAGGACUAAUGAUAACAUAAAAAAUGUUAACUUGAAUUUAUUAUUAAGUUACAAGGAAUAGAUGAUUUAAAGAGUACUUAAAAUGUAGGCCGUAUUUGUUUUUAUAUGCCCUUUGUUUUAUAUGUGUAUGUUUCAAACUUUCAGGAUACUUAUAGGAUACUUUCACAAUUUUAGAUGCAUCUCAUCAAACAUUAGCUAAAAUAAAAAAAAUUGUAUUAACCUUAAACCGUAAAUAAAAUGCUGUUAGUGUAAUGAUAAUGUGUACCUAGGCAUUGUCUUGAUAUCUGCAAUGAGUAUUAAGCUGUGUAUAAAAUAUAUGCUAACAAGAUAUUUUUAUAUGAUAUAUUCCAUUAUUAAUAGAAAAUACAAAAUUAGUACCUGUUAUAAUAAUUUGUGAUAUUGAUAAGAGAAGUGCCCAUACAAUAUUUAAAAAAAAAGUGUUUGUUACAACUUUUGUUUUUCUUCUGAUUUUCUGUUUUUAUUUUUAUUAAACUGUUUGUGUUAGAUCAAAGGUGUUGGUACUGCAAACCUGCAUAUUUCACAAAGUAGUUGUGGGUAUAACCUUCAUCAUGGUAUAACUGUGUACAGACAAUAUUCCUAUACUGUGUGCUGCGCUAGAAAUAAGACAACAGGGAUAUGAACUCACUCUGAUAAACUGCAUACAUAGCCAGUGCAUCAAUUGCAGGAAUGCAACUGACGAUUUGGACUUUGAAAGUGAAUACAUAUAAGUGUCAAUAUCUGUCACAAGACUGGUCCAUUUUACCUUUGAUAUAGUCGUUUUUGCAUAUAUGGACUUGUUUUUUUUCCCCUACCAAUUUGCUGGUAGCUUAAGAAGUUAUUCCAGCUACGACCGGAAGGGUAGGCGAGCUCACAGGCUCAAUCUAAGAGAAUUUGCUAACAUUAGCCCUAGCAUUAGUAGUUCCUUGCAGAAUCUACCUGCGGAUCGGAAAACGCGACUCACUGAGAAGAUCCAGUGAGAAACUCACGCUGUAAUGGACUUAAGUCGACACUACUUACUUCAUGCGCAAUGGAAGAUUAUUGCUUGAUUAUGUAAAUUUUUGCAACACAGGUUGUGUUGUAGUAUAAUCAAUCAAUAUAAC